GUGCGCUUGCCAUGUUUGCGGAAGCUUGGUGAAAGCAGCCUGAAAGCAGCUAGCUGGAGGGCUUGUGACUCUUCUCUGUAUGUUUGCAGCUGUGUUUUAAUAAUCCCAACAUGAAUCUACCGAAGGGACCGGAUUCUUUGUGCUUCGACAAGGAUGUUUUUAUGAAGGAUGACUUCGACGUUGACCAGUUUGUGUCGGAGUGUCGGAAGCAGGUCCAGCUGGAGGAGAUGAGAGAGGACCUGGAGCUCUACUAUAAGCUGCUGAAGACGGCCAUGGUGGAGCUCAUCAAUAAGGACUAUGCAGACUUUGUUAACCUCUCCACCAACCUGGUAGGGAUGGACAAAGCUCUCAGUCAGCUUUCUGUGCCAUUGGGACAGCUACGAGAGGAGGUUAUGAGUCUGCGGUCUUGUGUAAGUGAGGUGAUUCAGGCUAUAGACAGCCAGCUGUCCAAACAGGAUGAUCUGCAGAAAAAAAAGGUGUGUGUAUUGAGGCUGAUUCAGGUGGUGCGCUCAGUGGAGAAGAUUGAGAAGAUCCUCCACUCCCAGAAUUCUAAGGAAUCCAGCUCUCUGGAAAUCAGCAGUCCCUUGUUAGCAGGUCAGAUCCUGGAAAGGAUUGCUACAGAAUUCAACCAGUUGCAGUUCCACGCUGUACAGAGCAAAGGCAUGCCCCUGCUGGACAAAGUCAGACCUCGUAUCGCAGGGAUCACCUCCAUGCUGCAGCAGUCCCUGGAGGGCCUGCUGAUAGAGGGCCUGCAAACAUCCAACGUGGACAUGGUGCGUCACUGCCUGAGGACAUAUGCCACCAUAGAUAAGACUCGAGAUGCUGAGGCCUUGGUAGGACAGGUGCUGGUCAAACCAUACAUGGACCAGGUGAUAGUAGAAGAGGUGGUGAAGUCCAGUCCAAAUGGUCUCCAGAUGAUGUACUCUAGACUGUUGGAGUUUGUUCCUCAUCACUGUAGACAGCUUAGAGAGGUGACUGGAGGAGCCAUAUCCAGUGACAAAGCUGACAUAGUACCAGGUUAUGAUUUCCUGGUGAACUCUGUGUGGCCAGAGAUAAUCAAAGGGAUAGAGGAGAGGUUGGCCUACCUCUUCAACCCUGGAAACCCUGAUAUUUUCUAUGAGCGUUAUAGCGCGAGUAUGGACUUUGUGCGGAAGUUUGAGCGUCAGUGCAGCUCGCAGGCCGGUGUGAAGAGACUGAGAGUACACCCCUCGUAUACCAGCUUCCACAACAAAUGGAACCUGCCCGUCUACUUUCAACUACGGUACAAGGAAAUAGCAGGAAGUCUGGAGAACACCAUAAGUGAUGGACUAGAGGCAGCACCAGCUGGCAGUGCAUACCAUCUGCAGGUAUCUGAGGUGUUGUGGUCCUGUCUAGUGAGAUGUUGGUCAGACAAAGUCUACUUGUCACCUCUUGCCCAUCGCUUCUGGAAGCUUACGCUGCAGCUCUACGCACGAUAUGCCAAGUUUCUUGAUGAGGUGUUGACUAAGACGCCACCCUCUGAGGUGACCAAAGAGCCAACCAGGCCUCUGCCAAGCUCAGCCUCGUCCACCUCCAGCCGAACAUCAAUGGAUGAGGGCGGCAGUGAGAGUGGGAGUCCUGCCUCCCUGUCCACCAAACAGCUGGUGUACAUUGCAGCUGACAUCCAAAAGCUGCAGGAACAGAUACCAGAGUUGGCAGAAAUGGUCCGACAGCGGUUAGAAGCCAUCGGAUUCAAAAACUUUGCUAUUGUGGAAGAUGCUCUAUCGGACUCUAAGGCUUGCCUGUCAAGUGGUAUUCCCACUCUGAAUACCAGGAUGACCCAGCAUCUGACUGAUCGCUGUUGCCGCUUCCUGAAGAGUGCCUCUGAGGUUCCACGACUCUACCGCAGGACUAAUAAGGAUCUCCCAGUGCGUGCAUCAGCCUACAUGGACAAUGCCUUACGCCCUUUACAUCAGUUGCUGACUGACUCAACGGGGUUGGUCACCCCCUCUACAGCACUAGAGUGGCUGCGAGUUGCACUGUCUGAUUGCACACAGAGGUACUAUGAGACCAUCUCAGAGGUUCUGAGCUCAGUGAGAAAGAUGGAGGAAAGUCUGAAGCGACUGAAGCAAGCCAGAAAAGGUGCAAGCACGACUACCACAGCCGGAACAAACGGUGGACCCACAGACGACAGCAAGAUCCGACUUCAGUUGGCACUGGAUGUGGAAUACCUGGGGGAACAGAUCCAGAAGAUGGGUCUGCAGCCAAGUGACAUCUCCAUGUUCUCCACUCUGAUGGACCUUGUGAAAGAGGCCCGAGAGCUUGCUGAACAGAACCAGUAAAAUGCUGACUCCAUAGUAGAAGAAACCCAUUAACAUACUGCACUCUUCCUUGCAUUUCCUGAAGACUUCUGAAGGAAAAAAAAACAUUUGUCCCAGUCCAGGUCAAAGUCAUGUUCUGGUAACAGUUCAUGACGAUCAGACCAGGAAGAAUGUAGGACAAAAACUGACACUACUGAAAUCCCUUUUCAACCUUUCGUACAAAAACAUCUCUGUUUAAUGCAGUCUUAAGAGCCAUAUUGCGCAAACAUUUCAACAGCAGGAACCUGCUAGAGUUACUGUACAUCAAGCUGUUAAUUGUUCGUUGGAAUUGGGAGAGAAACUACCGUCUGUGGGUGAGACCAAAUCAUCAUUGGUUCUACAAUGUGAACAAAAGGGACUUAAUGGUACUUUAUUCAUGAAAUGUUUUUCACAGAAUGACUAAUGCUGGGUGAUAUAGAAAGAUCUUGUACUGAUCAUAAUUCGGGCCAGAAUGUGGGGUAAAACUCUUUGAAGUCUCAAAUCAAAGUUGUGAAGAGAGAAUGUCAAUCACACAAUAUUUGUCUAAUUUCUGCUACUUGGUGAAGGAUUAAUAUCAAAUAAGAUAUAUAUAUAUAUAAGAAGUCUGUUAGUGUGUACAUGUAAUUUUUUUUAAGAUUGUUAAGUGGCAUAAUAUAUGUUUAACAUAAUGUAACAUAACUUGGAAAUAAAAUAACUUUGUACACAGUA